AUGAAGGACUCCCUUUUCACUUUAAUUCUAUUCCCUGUCCCACUUGCCACCUCAGAAGUGAGGAGUGAGGUGAGGAGUGAGGAGUCUAUGAAGCUCUGUGGGCUAGAGCUCAUAAAAGCAGACGUCUACAUCUGUGCUAGCUCCAGGUGGAGAAGGCACCCGGAAGGGAUCCCUCAAAGUCAGCAAGCUGAGUGAGGAAACGACCUCCAGCUCCCAAAUGAGCCUGUUUCUGAGGAAAGCGCAGCGCAGAACCUCCCGAGCGAUUCCUCAGGGGAGGAAAGUCUUCAGGAUGGACAGCUGCCCACUGAAGGGCUUUGGGGCUCCAAAAAGCAUUGGGCGAUGUCAAGACAAGACUUAGGAAGUGUCUUGACUGCCUGCUGUUCCAUGACUGAUGUGCUCGCUCUUUGUUAA